AUGGAUCCACCCAAGAAAACAGUGCGCAAAAUUGAACAAAUUAAAGUUUCACAUACCCGUAACAUUGCAGCUGUAAUCGCGAGUUCCAUCCGCGCAAUAACAGGCGAACGACCCGGAAUCCGGAUCGCACCCGCACAACCCGCCCGACCCGACACAACCCCUGCACCUCUCGUCGUCCGCCCGCCACCCGACCCAAAACCCUUCCCCCAGCGCCUCCCGCAACACGCCCACCGAUCCAACCGUCACAUUCGCCAGAUCCCUCGCCGCGCUCGCGCCCACCGGCACCGUAAUAUUCUCCUCGCACGCGCCCGUCACGUUGCUCCACUGCCGAAUCAACCCUUCCGUCAGAUAAUAUCCCCACGUGCUCGAUCCGUUGACGUCGCAAUCGAACCGGUUGUGAACCGGCGGAGCCUCCGGCGGCGGGCGGCUGGCGCCGCAGCCGUAGAGAAGGGUGACGUUCUGGUCGCCGUGGACUGA